CUCUCCAGUUAUCUUUUUCUAUUGAUCUGUCUUUUUACCACAAGCUGUUAUACCAAAGAAAUUAAUGGACAGUUCUACAAGUUAUUUUGUUCUUGCAUUUGCGUUUUUUUUCCUUACCUCAUCAGCUUCUUUAACAGCAAGUGGAGGAAAACACAACGUGUUGGAUUAUGGAGCCAAACCUGAUGGAAGAACGGACUCAAGUAAGGCGUUUCUUGCUACAUGGGAACAAGCAUGUCGCUCUACAAAACCUACCACCAUAUAUGUGCCACCAAGUAAAUUCUUGCUCCCCAAAGUUGCUUUUCGUGGCCCUUGCAAGAAUAAUGCUACUUCGAUACGCAUCGAUGGCACACUUGUUGCUCCAUCUGAUUAUCGUGUCCUUGGUGAACAAUGGAUUUUCUUUGAAAAUGUUAAUGGGGUUUCGAUUUUUGGAGGGAUUCUUGAUGGUCGAGGCAUUGGCUUGUGGACUUGUAAGAAUAGUAGCAAGAAUUGCCCCACUGGAGCUACGUCACUCGGAUUUACCAAAUCGAAAAAUAUAGUGAUAAUGGGAUUGACAUCCCUGAACAGUCAGAUGUUUCAUAUAGUCAUCAAUGGCUGCCAAAAAGUAAGAAUGCAAGGACUUAGAAUUUCUGCCUCUUACAGAAGCCCAAACACAGACGGUAUUCAUGUGCAAUUAUCAGAUGGUGUCACUAUAUUGAACACAAAAAUAAAAACAGGUGAUGAUUGUGUAUCAAUCGGUGCCGGUACAACUGAUUUACGGAUUGAAAAUGUUGUGUGUGGACCUGGCCAUGGAAUAAGCAUUGGGAGUCUAGGCAAGGAUCUUGAAGAGCCUGGUGUGCAAAAUGUGACGGUUAAAAACGUUACACUAACGGACAGCCAGAAUGGUUUAAGAAUAAAGUCUUGGGGGAGACCUAGUAAUGGUUUUGCUAAGGACAUUCUUUUCCAACAUGUUGUGAUGACCAAUGUCCAAAAUCCAAUUGUCAUCGAUCAGAAUUACUGCCCUGACAAUAAAGACUGCCCUGGUCAGGCUUCUGGCAUUAAAAUUAGCAAUGUGACGUACAAGGACAUCCAUGGAACAUCGGCAACGCAAGUUGCUGUGAAAUUUGAUUGUAGCAAGAAGCAUCCAUGCACUGGGAUUCGCUUGGAAGAUGUAAAACUCACUUAUAGAAAUCGACUAGCUUAUGCAUCGUGUAGAAAUGUUGAUGGAACUGCUUCUGGUUCUUCAGUCCAGCCUCAAAGUUGUUUGUAG